AUGAAGUUCACACUCGCCUUCCUCACCGCCGCCAGCAUGGCCGCCCUGACCAAUGCCCACGGCUACUUCACGAGCCCUGGUGCUCGCCAGCCAGGCGAGGCCUACCAAAAAUCCUGCGGCAUGCAAGCCUACUACAACAUGAGGGGGUCCAUCAACGGUAACAUACAGGGUCUCUACCAGGUCGUUGCUGGCCAGGACGACUACAAUCCCAAGACUUGCAAGCUGUGGAAGUGCAAGGGCCUGAAAUACGCCGACAACAAAGCCAACGUCCAACACUACAAGCCCGGCCAAACCGUUCCUCUCGAAUUCGAAAUCGUCGCUCCCCACAACGGCUACGCCAACGUCUCCAUCAUCUCCCUCCAAGGCGACGGUCACGUCAUCGCACCACUCAAGAAGUGGUCCCAGUACGCCCUCAACACUGUCCCGAUCAAGGAGAGCGAGGAAAAGUUCAGCGUCAAGAUGCCGGCGUCGCUGGGCUCGCAAUGCUCCAAGCCCGGGCACUGUGCAAUUCAAAUGUUCUGGAAUGCGGAGAGUAUCGAUCAGACUUAUGAGUCGUGCAUUGAUUUUACCCUGAGUGGCAGUGGGAAGAGGGAUGUGGAGGAGAUUGAGAGGGCGCAUCCGAGGGACUUUAACAAGAUGUAA